UGCAGCGUCUCCUGUGCUACUGGGGUGCUGGGGAGCGGGAUGUUGGGGGUGGGGGGGCAGGCGUGUAUUUCAAGCCCCCUCCCACCUGACUCUUUCUCGCCUCCCGCCCCAAGCCAUGCGGGGAAGAACUCGGUCUGAGCCUGCCCAGUUCUCGCUCAUCACUGCUGCCUUAAAAAUCACCCCACUCCCUAGCUCUGAGUUUCCCUGCUUGUACUUCCCGCCCUCCCCCCCCCUUCUGCUUUCGGAGGAUUGACAUGGCCCUUCCCUUAGGGCGAAGUGUCAGCAGAAGCUCGGUUUUCAGCCCAGGCGCUGAUGGCACCCAGAUUUAUCUUAAAAUUAGCCAUGGCAAUCCCUCAGCUGUCUCCACCUUAUCUGUUUUCUUCCCGAUCCUGCGAUCCAGGCAGAAAGGGCAGCUCUCUCCCUCCUGAGCCAAUACAGGAAGGACACCACCGUCGAGUCUGGUUUGGGGUAAGGGAUAGGAGAUUUCCCCCUAGUGAAAGUUCAGAUCGAUUAUUGCUGACAUCUCAGGCCAGGACCCCCGGCUGUCUGAAGUAUUGGCCCCUUAGAUCCCAUGCCUCCAGUUGAGGUCGUUACACGUUGGGUUUCUUUGUCCUGGAGAACAGAUACUACCCGCGAUUUCUGUCGCCGUGGAGCUCCUGGGCUAUUUGGGGAAAGCAAAGCUGCCAAUUUUCCUUUUCAAACACCUUUCCUGAAAACUGAUUUCUCUCUCUCUCUCUCAACAAUAAUUCAAUGGCUGUCUGUGCCUCUCUCUCCUUUAGAGAGGCUGGUGAAAUGCACGCCACAGGUUGAAACAAACAAGCAGUAUAGAUAGAGGUAAUGACAGGACCUACCUCUACCUACAUUGUUUGUUUGUUUCAACCUGUGGCGUGCAUUUGUGUUCUGCUCCGAGCUCAGUGUGUCUGGUUCGCUACAUGUGAGCUUUCCAUUCAUUUCCUAUCGAGCCCGGGCUGAAGCUGGGAGGAGGGAAGGGGAGAGGGGAAUUGCUGCUUGUGAGAAUUGUUAUUUUUCAUCAAUCACUCGCAAUUUGUCUAAGUGCACAGGACAGGACACCAGCAGCCCUGCUGACUGAGGUCACAGAGACAACACAGCCGUGGAGAAGAGCAAAUUGCAUUCGCUCACGAACUCCCAGAUCCAAAUGACUGGCUUUGCAUGAAGAGGGGAGAGAGCGAAAGGUCCAUGUGACAUGAGGGAAAUAUGAAGGACUUUGACAGGUCUUAAACGGCCUGGCGCCAAGGCCUGCGUCUACAAGCUAAAAAUAGAAAGGGGGCGAGGAGCGGAGAUGGGCAAAGAUGAAAGAGGGGAAGAGAGAAAACGGAAUGGGAAAUUCGGCUGAAAGUUUAGAUGUUUGCUUAAACUUUUUGGGGGAGGGCUUUGUCCGGGCUAACUGGGGGCACCGGGGAGGGAUCGCCUUAAAAGACUCUGUUGCAAGACUUAAACCCUGGGACUCAGGCAGAGGGUUUUCAAGCAGACACACUGUAUGGAAGCUCAACAUAUUGUUUUAAAUUGAUAGCAGUAAUCGAUUGUAAUGACCGAUUCUUUCUCCUCUUCCUCCCUGGCUUCUCCUCUUUGAAAUGAACCCACAGCGGUUGGUGAUCUAAGCUACGCCUCCCUUAAUGCUGGUAGUCUGUUUCAUGUUUCAUAAAGUGUCACGUUUUAGCUCCCCGAUCUGCAAUCCUGAUGGUAAAGCCCAAGGCUAAGAGGGAGAGGGGGAACUACAAACAGAAGACGUGCAAAGAAACCCAUGCCUUGUAAACAACUGCGAAGCAGUUUCCAGUCAUCACCUCCUCUUAACUGCGGCAUGCAGCCGCCCCUGAACUCUUCCAGGCAGCAGAGAAGAAUAUAUAUUGAUGUCUCCCCAAAACAAUCCUCUGUAGGAUUUUCAGAGAUGAAGAGAAUGUUCCCCCCGUUUAAAGUGCGUGUGAACGGCCUGGACAAGAAGGCCAAGUACAUUUUAUUAAUGGAUAUAGUGGCUGCGGAUGAUUGCCGGUAUAAAUUCCACAAUUCUCGCUGGAUGGUAGCCGGGAAGGCGGACCCAGAGAUGCCCAAGCGUAUGUACAUCCACCCGGACAGCCCUGCUACAGGGGAGCAGUGGAUGGCGAAACCUGUUGCCUUUCACAAACUCAAGCUCACUAACAACAUCUCGGACAAGCACGGAUUUACCAUAUUGAACUCCAUGCACAAGUACCAGCCCAGGUUUCAUAUAGUGCGAGCCAAUGACAUCCUAAAGCUUCCCUACAGCACCUUCCGGACGUAUGUGUUCCCUGAAACAGACUUCAUAGCAGUCACCGCAUAUCAGAACGACAAGAUCACCCAGCUUAAAAUCGAUAAUAACCCAUUUGCAAAAGGAUUCAGAGAUACCGGGAAUGGAAGGCGAGAAAAGAGGAAACAGCUCACUCUCCCCUCCCUGCGGAUGUAUGAGGAGCAGUGCAAACCUGACCGAGAUGGGGGCGAAUCCGAUGCUUCCUCGUGUGAUCCUGCCCCAGUGCGCGAUACACUUCACUCCCCAUUGGGUACAGCCCCGAGUCCCCUGAGACUCAACCGCAGCAGCAGAGAGGAGAAAUCCUGCCCGGAGAGCGACCCGGAGCUGGAGAAGCUGCCCGAGGAGCGGCCGGCCCGCGGGCCCAGCCCCGGCCCGGAGGAGACCAGCCCGCGGCUGCCGGAGGAGCGCAGCCGGGAGAGACCCAGCCCGGAGAAGCCCAAGGGGCUGGAGAAGGACAAGCCCGAGGGGCGGCGGAAAGAGCCGGACGCCUCCAAGAAGGAGGCGGAGGGCGGCGGGCUGAGCAAAGAGUCCUUCGCCCCCCUGAUGGUGCAGACGGACAGUCCCCCGCACCUGAGCGCGGGGCACCUGCAGAGCCUGGCGCUCUCCGGCCUGCACGGGCAGCAGUUCUUCAACCCGCUGGGCGCCGGGCAGCCCCUCUUCCUGCACCCGGGGCAGUUCGCCAUGGCCCCCGGGGCCUUCUCCGCCAUGGGCAUGGGACACUUGCUGGCCUCGGUGGCCGGCGGGGGCCUGGAGAACGGAGCCCUGGCUUCGACUCAGGGGGCGGCCGGGACCGCCACCCCCUUCCCCUUCCACCUCUCCCAGCACAUGCUGGCCUCUCAGGGAAUUCCGAUGCCCACCUUUGGCGGACUCUUCCCUUAUCCGUACACCUACAUGGCAGCUGCGGCUGCCGCCGCCUCAGCGCUGCCAGCGACCAGUGCGGCUGCGGCCAGCUCCCUGUCCCGGAAUCCCUUCCUGAGCAGCACCCGCCCUCGCCUGCGCUUCAGCCCGUACCAGAUCCCCGUCACCAUCCCACCCAGCACCAACCUCCUGACCACCGGUCUGCCCGCCAGCCUGAACCCAGGCUCGGAAGGCUCCAAACCCAGCAGCAGCAGGGAAUCCAGCCCCCUCCCAGACCUCCCUUUGCACAAAUCCAGCAGCCAGAGGGGCUCCCUCUCUCCCAAAAGCUCCCUGAAAGAUUCCAUCAAUGAACUGCAGAAUAUCCAGAGACUGGUCAGUUGCUUGGAGAGCCAAAGGGAGGUGUCACCCGGCAGGGAGUCCCCCAAGUGACUGGCUGAGCUGCCAACACGCCAGCCCGAAGGGCUGAGAAGCACUGGGAUUUUGUACAGCACAGUAUAAAUAUUUAUUUAAAAAAAAACAAGGGAAAAAAAGGGGAGGGGGACAGGCAGUUAAAGACAGGGAUACAAGUGUGAUCCAUACAGACACCCAGACAAAGCAGAGGCCAAGUGAAUGGUCCACAAGCAAAAUAUCCCGUAGCCAGGAGUAAUUAUGGGAGACUAUUCCUCCCUCCCUCCCCACCACUCUCCACUCAGACCCAGGAGAAUAUAAUGGAUAGGAUCUCCCCUCCCUAAACCCAAAUCAGGAGAAAAUACGGCGAGUAUCCUUCCCUCCCCUCCUCAGUCCCACUGGUUUGGACUCCAAAUACAUCUGGAAAAGCAAAAGGACUCCAAUCUGCAGCAUAACUUUCUUGAUCAAUGGAUUACCCAUAACACAUGCAAUUUCCGGGAUGGCGAAAGAAUGUACCAGUCAUUCCCUUAAAGAGACUGCGGGAAAGGUGACUGAUGUUUUCUAUAGGGACUGAUUUCUGAAGGGAGGAAGAUGCUUUCAACCCCCCUCCCCCACCUAAAACAGACAAUUUUAAGAGGAAAAUAAUAACUCUGGGCAAGCCUAGUGACUAUGAACAAGUGUGUAACCUGAUUUGUCAGGGGGAAAAUGGAAAUAAACUGUCCAGCUCUAUUGCAUCCACCACUGAUUUCAAAGGCCACCAACACGCAGAACUGGUACAGGCAGUGUGACAUGGCGGUUUUGGAAUCUACCUGUGUACCAGAAAAAAAUAUUUAUGAAAUAAAUGAAAAUUUGUGUAAAUAAGCUAUAAGGAGCCCAGAAUAUGCAAAUUGGUAUUAAUUUAUUCAGUUGUACAUUGGUGUGUACAUAAUAUUUAGAGUUUAACUCAUCGCAUUUAAUUUUUUUUCAUUUUACAUGAACAUAUAUAUUGUAAAUGAAAAAAAUAUUUAGCUCUUUGUGAUUGAAGGAGAACUUGGUUUCUUUAACUGUGUUUUAAAAUGUUGUUUAUCCCGCCUGUUCUCUAGGACAAUCAUGUGCCAUCAGUAUACACUUUUCAGUCAUUAAAAUCAGAGUUCAAUUCUUUAAGGAACUCUUACAAGGAAAAAAAAUCCAAUGAAAAUAUCUUUACAGUGCGGGGUACAGGAAAUGCAGGAAUAAACCUCAGGUUUUUAUUUUUCACUCCAGAACAAAAAAAGAAAUAUAAUAAAUUUAAAUAUCACAUGGACUGUGCUCUAUAUUUGUUUUAAAAUAAAAAUAUACAGGAUUUGAAAUGUGCUGGUUAUUCGGGUAUCUAUCUGUUCAUUUUUUGAUGA